GGAGGGGCGGAGAGGAAGGGGUAGAAAGACGAGCUUGGGGCAGGCAGGGUUUAUUCUCUCUCUGCCCCCUCUGCCUGGUAAGUGUUGCCCAGCUAUGGGAACCUUUGACCUAUGGACAGAUUACCUGGGUUUGGCACGCCUGGUGGGGGCUCUGCGUGGGGAAGAGGAGCCUGAAACCAGGCUGGACCCCCAGCCACAGCCAACUCCAGGAGCAGAGGGUCAGACACCCAGCCUGGAAUCGUCACCAGCUCCCGAACGCCUGUGCUCCUUCUGCAAACACAACGGCGAGUCCCGGGCCAUCUAUCAGUCCCACGUGCUCAAGGAUGAGGCGGGCCGGGUGCUGUGUCCCAUCCUGCGUGACUAUGUGUGCCCCCAGUGCGGUGCCACACGUGACCGUGCCCACACACGCCGUUUCUGCCCGCUCACCGGCCAGGGCUACACCUCUGUCUACAGCUACACCACUCGCAACUCAGCUGGCAAGAAGGUGUCCCGGCCUGACAAGGCAAGGAUGCAAGAUCCAGGGCAUCGCCGAGGCGGCGCAGGAGCUGCAGCGUGUGCAGGUGGCUGGGGGACCUGGUGUGGAGGGGGCCAGCCCUGGGCUUGUGGCUAAGCUCUUGGGGUUAGUGAAGUAGGAUUAACUCCUGUGCCCACUUUGGGGGUGCGUGUAGAAAAUCAGUUUAGAAAACUUAGCACAAUAUUCUAGAAAUGUUGCCCAGUGUGAAUAAGCUAGAGCUGGGAUUAAUGUGUGGCCUUGGGCAGGGGACCUCUCUGGGUCCAUGGGGAAGUUGCUGUCUUUUUCCAGGCAUGGGUGCUCUGUCGGGAGGCUAUGAGGACUUGUGACAGGAUCUGCGGUUAGGGAAAGCAGGGGCUCCAGUCUUGCUUGGCACUUAGGAGCUGCGCAACCUGAGAGAAGUUCUCAGCCUCUCUGAACCCCUUUCCUCAUGCUCCUCCUCUGUUCACUCAUUAACCAAAUGGCGUGUGUGUGUUUUGUGCCAAGUGCUGGGCUGUGCCAGCAGUGGAAAAGGGUAAAAGGGAGAAUGGCAGUUAGAACACUGUGAUGAGUGCUGAAUAGAGGAGUCUAAAGAAAGCACCUGAUCCAGAUAAAGGGGUCCAGGAGGGCUUCCUGGAGAAAGUGACUUCUGGAAGUCUAAUCUGGUUUGAAGGAGUGCUAGAAGUGUGGCCCAGGCACUGGGGCUCGUUCAGGAACUUGGUGAAAUUCAGUGUAUCUGGAACAAAAUGUGUGUGUAUGUGUGGUAGAGAGGGAGAUGUCAGAGAUUUGGGGGACAGUAGAAAAGUCUAUAGGUCUUGGACUUGGGUACUAGGGAACCACGGAAGGGGCAAGAUGAGGUCUGCAUGUUAGAGUGUGUUCAACCUUGGCCGACUGGUUGGACUGCGGGGACAGAUUUAAGAGUGUUGGAAGGCAGAACACUAGUCCUCCAGGCAGAGGUGUCCAUGGCAGCAAGGAGGGAGAGAGGCCUGGCACCUGGGGAAAUGUGUGUUUGGAGAGGAGCACUGUGAGUUCACUGUGUGUGCAUCAGUUGGGGCUGGGGGGAGCUGGGGCUGAAGCCUCCCUGCGGUCUGGCUCUCCCCACCCUGUUUGGCCCACUGUGUGGGGUCACCCGGUCUCAUCAAAUGCGGAUUCCAGUUGUGCAUGUCUUCUGCAAG